UCACGUGACACAAAUAUGGUGGCUGACAUGUCGCCGGAAAAGUCAACAAGUGUCAAAAAGUGACAACAUUUUACGAGUUUAUUCAGUUUUGAAUCUUCUGAUGCAGUAUUUUGUUAAAUAAAUAUACACAAUGUUUCUAACUCGCGCGCUUGAGAAGAUUUUAAGCGACAAGGAGAUCAAGAAAGCGCAUCAUUCGCAAUUGAAGAAGGCCUGUGAGGUGGCACUUGAAAAUAUCAAGAAAGACAGUCUGAAUGAAAAAAGUUCUGAGAAUGACCGCUCGUCUGCCCUACCGAUGCCCAAGCAGGCAGGCUUUGUGGAUGCUGAUAGGUACUUCACGCCCUUUGAGUUGGCAUGCCAGUCAAAAUCACCCAGAAUUGUCAACUUGACGUUAGACUUUCUUCAGAAGCUGAUAGCGUAUGGUCACAUGACAGGUAACACCCCAGACAGCACAUCCCCAGGCAAGCGUCUCAUUGACCGCAUUGUGGAGACAGUGUGUGGCUGCUUCCAGGGACCCCAGACAGACGAGGGGGUACAGCUACAGAUUAUCAAGGCCCUGCUGACUAUAGUGACAUCAAACACAUGUGAGAUCCACGAGGGUACGGUCCUACACACUGUGCGAACGUGCUACAACAUCUACCUGGCCAGCAAGAACCUUGUCAACCAGACCACGGCCAAGGCCACCCUCACACAAAUGCUCAAUGUGAUCUUCACGAGGAUGGAGAGUCAGGCGGAGACAGAGGGAGAGCAAACUGCAGCAGACCUGAAGCAGUCAGAGAGCUCAUCCACUACCACCGAGCAAUGUGAGGAGCCAGGAGGAGAUGAUACGACCAGUGAACAGAACCAGUCAACAAUAUCUGAGACCCAGUCAACUAGUAAUAUGUCCAUGUCUGAAACCCAGUCCAUUGGCGACCAGACUACACCUAGUACACAGUCCACUGUAGACCAGUCUACUGAUGAAAACCAGUCAAAUGCUGCACACAUGUCCAGUGAAAACCAGUCUAUUAAUACAGUGUCUGAUGGAGGUGACAGUUCAGAAGGUGAAGCGAGAGCUGUGUUGGAUGACAUCAUAGAUCAAGUGACUGGAAUUCACCAAAGUGCUGUGCUGGAGAUGACAUCAGAGCAGGUCCCUAACUCAUUGGCGCAGGUGCCCAAUUCUGUCUUGGAUGUACCCCCAGAAGCCCUGCGGGCACGGGCUAACACGGGGGAAAGUAGUGAGCCACCAUCUAAGCCUGCCUCACGAAGUACCAGCACUUUGGCGGUGAACAAGUUGGUGGAUGAAGAGCAGACAGAGGGUGGAGACAUGGGUCAUGGGGCGUUCAGUCACAUCCUUCAAAAGGACGCCUUCCUGGUGUUCCGUAGCCUGUGUAAACUCUCAAUGAAACCCCUUACAGAUGGGCCCCCAGAUCCCAAAUCCCAUGAGUUGCGUUCCAAGGUGUUGUCCCUGGAGCUGCUGCUGUCCAUCCUACAGAAUGCCGGCCCGGUGUUCCGCACCAACGACAUGUUCAUCAACGCUAUCAAGCAAUACCUGUGUGUGGCCUUGUCCAAGAACGGGGUCAGCUCGGUGGUUGAAGUGUUUGAACUCUCCUUGGCCAUAUUCCUGACACUGCUUGCUAGCUUUAAGCAGCAUUUGAAGAUGCAGAUUGAGGUGUUUUUCAAGGAGAUCUUUCUGUACAUCCUGGAGACCCCCAGCAGCUCCUUUGAUCAUAAGUGGAUGGUGAUCCAGGCACUUACAAGGAUAUGUGCAGAUGCCCAGUGUGUUGUUGACAUCUAUGUCAACUAUGACUGUGACCUUUCCUUGGCCAACCUUUUUGAGCGGCUAGUGAGUGAUCUGUCCAAGAUUGCUCAGGGCAGACAAUCCCUGGCUCUGGGAGUAACGCCAACCCAGGAGCAGAGCAUGCGUGUGAAGGGUCUAGAGUGCCUUGUGUCCAUCCUCAAGUGCAUGGUGGAGUGGAGCAAAGACCUGUAUGUCAAUCCUCACUCACAGUCCAACCUCGGUGCUGAUAGCAAGCCGUCCCAGGAGUCAGACUCAGACUCGGGUAAAGGUACGCUGGACAGCUAUGGUAGCGUGAACUCACUGGAGUCCAACAGCAGCAACCACACCCUGUCUGUGAGUGUGCAGCCCCAGGACAGCCCGGAGCAGUAUGAGGUCCUCAAACAGCAGAAGGAGAUCAUGGAACAUGGCAUUGAACUGUUCAACAAGAAGCCACGUCGAGGCGUGCAGUACCUCCAGGACCAGGGCAUGCUGGGAACGUCACCAGACGACAUCGCUGAACUCUUCCACAACGAUGACCGACUGGAUAAGACUAUGAUAGGAGAUUUCAUCGGAGACAAUGAUAAGUUCAACAAAGAAAUAAUGUAUGCGUAUGUGGACCAACUGAACUUUGCUGAGAUGAAUUUUGUGUCUGCACUGCGUCGUUUCCUGGAGGGGUUCCGGUUGCCGGGGGAGGCCCAGAAGAUUGACAGACUGAUGGAGAAGUUUGCCUCUCGCUUCUGUGAAUGCAACACCAAACUUGGCAUUUUUGCCAGCGCAGAUGCAGCCUAUGUUCUUGCGUAUUCAAUUAUUAUUUUGACCACUGAUCUUCACAGCUAUCAGAUCAAGGAGAAGAACCGAAUGACGAAGGAGCAGUACAUCAAGAUGAAUCGGGGCAUCAAUGACAGCAAGGACUUGCCUGAGGAGUACCUGUCGGCCAUCUAUGACGAGAUAGCGCAGAACGAAAUCAAAAUGAAGGCAGUAGGAGUGCAGAAGAAUGUCACCACAGGAAGAGAUAUAACGAAUGACAAGCAGAGGCGCAUGCUGUACAAUGCUGAGAUGGAACAUAUGGCCACGGCCGCAAAGGUGCUCAUGGAGAGUGUUAGUCAUGUGGAGUCCAACUUCAUGUCAGCCAAGCACCAGGAGCAUGUCAGACCUAUGUUCAAGAUGGCCUGGACUCCGUUUCUGGCAGCAUUUAGUAUUGGUCUGCAGGACUGUGACAACCCCCAGAUAGCCUCUCUCUGUCUGGAUGGCAUACGAUGUGCAAUACGCAUCUCCUGCAUCUUCCACAUGGAGCUGGAGAGAGACGCGUAUGUCCAGGCGCUGGCUCGGUUCACACUGCUGACUGCAGCCUCACCCAUCACUGACAUGAGGAGCAAGAACAUCGAGACCAUCAAGACUCUCAUAUCAGUUGCACACACCGAUGGCAACUACCUGGGCAAGUCAUGGCUUGAGAUCCUGCGGUGCAUCUCUCAGUUGGAGCUGGCCCAGCUGAUAGGCACCUCCUCCAAGUCCAUCAGACACGCCCCUUCCCACCGCAGGGAAAAGUCCAAUGGCUCCACACCACACCCCUUUGAGUCAUUUGAUCAUGAUGCGAUUGCUCGUGGUGGCUUUGGUUCCCGGACCCUGGAUAAGUUCCAGGAGACCAUGGGGGAAACCAGCUCCCAGUCUGUGGUUGUGGCAGUGGACAGAAUCUUCACAGGAUCUGUCAAACUAGACGGAGACGCCAUUGUUGAGUUUGUGAAGGCGCUGUGUGCAGUGUCAGUGGAGGAGUUGUCCAACCACAGUCGCCCCCGUAUGUUCAGUCUGACCAAGAUCGUGGAGAUCUCGUACUACAACAUGGGCAGGAUCAGGCUGCAGUGGUCACGUAUAUGGCAGUACCUGGGAGACCACUUCAAUAAGGUUGGCUGUAACCCUAUUGAAGACAUGGCUUUCUUCGCUAUUGACUCGCUGCGUCAGUUAUCCAUGAAGUUUAUUGAGAAAGGAGAGUUUGCCAACUUCAGGUUCCAGAAGGAUUUCCUCAGGCCUUUUGAGCACAUCAUGAAGCGAAAUAGGUCUCCCACAAUUCGUGACAUGGUGGUGCGCUGCGUGGCUCAGAUGGUCAACUCUCAGGCAGCAAAUAUCAAGUCAGGCUGGAAGAACAUCUUCAGUGUGUUCCACUUGGCUGCCUCUGAUCAGGACGAGGGCAUUGUGGAGCUUGCCUUCCAAACCACCGGGAAAAUUAUAUCGUCUGUGUUUGAGAAGCACUUCCUGGCUGUGAUGGACUCGUUCCAAGACGCUGUAAAGUGCCUCUCUGAAUUUGCCUGCAACGCUGCCUUCCCGGACACCAGCAUGGAGGCCAUACGACUCAUACGCAACUGCGCGAAAUACGUGGCAGAGAAACCACAGAUGUUCCGGGAGCACAGCGGGGACGACCUGAACGUGCCGGAGUCCGAUCGGGUCUGGGUGAAGGGAUGGUUCCCUGUACUGUUUGAGCUCUCCUGCAUCAUCAACCGGUGUAAACUGGAUGUCAGAACUAGGGGUCUAACAGUGAUGUUUGAGAUCAUGAAGACCUAUGGAGAGUCAUUUGAGGCUCACUGGUGGAGAGACCUCUUCAGAAUUGUGUUCCGUAUCUUUGACAACAUGAAACUGCCAGAGUCACAAAAUGAGGAUGAAUAUUAUGUACAGCCCGAGGGUAAGCCGUCUGCAAGGGCACAGUGGAAGUCUGAGUGGAUGACGACGACAUGUAACCACGCGCUCUAUGCCAUCAUCGAUGUGUUCACACAGUUCUACGAUGUCCUACACGGUUUGUUGCUCGAUGAGCUCUACCAGCAGCUGAUCUGGUGUGUCCAGCAAGACAAUGAGCAGCUGGCGCGGUCGGGUACCAACUGUUUGGAGAACCUGGUCAUCUCCAACGGCAACAAGUUCACUAGCGCUGCCUGGGACAGCACCUGCACCUGCAUGCUGGACAUCUUCAAGAACACCAUACCUCACAAAUUGUUGGUCUGGAAGCCAGAUGAUGGGAUGUCUUCUGUGGAGGAUGUGAUUGGUGGCAUGGAGUCCGUUACCAUGGAUACUGCACAUGACCCGAGUCGUCUGCAGCGAGCAGACAGCAACCACAGCGUCAACAGCGUCGUGUCUGUUGACUCACGGGAUCACAAGUUCCCCAGAACAAAGGUGCUGACCGACCAGAAGCUGUUUCAAUGCCUGCUCAUCAAGUGUGUGGUGCAGCUGGAGCUCAUUCAGACCAUCGACAACAUCGUCUUCUUCCCCACCACCAGCCGCAAGGAGGACGCGGAAAACCUUGCAGCCGCUCAGAGCUCGGGCCAGCAGCCUGACCUUGAGCGUGUGUACCAGCGUGAGGACCAGGGCAUGUACCACCAGCUGAGUGCCGCCCAGCUCCUGCAGCUCGUAGAGUGCCUCCUGCAGUCACACACGUUUGCCAAGGACUUCAACUCCAACCAUGAGCAGAGAAAUAUGCUCUGGAAAGCUGGUUUUGUUAUGAAUUCAAGAAAAGGGUUCAAGGGUAAGGCCAAGCCCAACCUGUUGAAGCAGGAGACGCAGAGUCUGGCGUGUCUUUUCCGUAUCCUGUUCCGCAUGUACAAUGAUGAGGACCGUAGGGACGCCUGGCCAGAUGUCGAGAACAAACUCAUCAGUGUGUGUCACAGCUCCCUGGAGUACUUCCUGUCACUACAGUCAGACAGCCAUCGCGAGGCCUGGAGUAACAUCAUCAUCCUGCUAGUAACACGCCUACUCAAGAUGUCCGACGACAGGUUUCGAGUGCAUGCCUCCAACUACUAUCAGCUGAUGUGUGACACCAUGAACUAUGACCUCAAACACGAGCUGAGGGCCGUCCUGCGCAAGUUCUUCAUCCACUGUGGACUCAAGUUUGGGAUUACACAUCCAGACACACGGACCAGCUAGUGUGGUCAUGCGGGACGUCUUAAGACUUGUGCAUGUUUCUUGGCCUCUUAGAGCUGCCUGUGUGAAACCAUACUUGGCUAAAGGUGUGUGAUGACCAUGAUAUAAAGUGUGAAUCAAAUACCUAUAAAUUCAGUUGUAAUUCCAUUGAUACACUCACAACUGUGCUUAAAUGGUGGACUUGUUAGAUAACAAUGAUGUUCUGUUUGUGUGAUUUAAUCACAAAAUUUGAUUGCAUAGAAUUGAGUGUCAUUCCGUCACAGUUUACCAAGUUGUAGAAUGCCUGUGAUGGCCCAAGCUUCAUAUAUAACAUAUCAAUGCCGUCAGCAGUGAUACAGGUGUACAUUCUGAUUCAAAACAGGUGGGUAGUGUACAUGGCAUAGUGUUCUUGAACAUGGCGAUUGUUUAGUGUGCUUGUGGUAUCUAGUUAAUGAUGUAUAGUACUCUUAAUGUUUUUAAAUGAUUUACUGGGUCUGUGAAGGUUAUGUGUAAGAUGAUAUUCAUUCAUGACAAUGACCCAUUUGUCCUUUUUGUGAAUUAGCCAUCUAAAAGCCUCCAUAUAUGGAUUAUAUAGGAUGCCUUUAAUAUAAAACUAACUCAUGAAUCUUACAAUUUUUCUUUAAACAACUACAAUUACUUACACUUCAACUUAAAUUACAGGCAAAACACAAUACCAGAAAUAGUCUAGGGGGAUACUGCAUUGUUUGUAGUAUCGCAUCAUUAGUACUAGACAUGUUGAAGCCUUGGGUAAGACAUGUCCUCAUAUGACUUCCAAGGUGGCGUACGUUUAUCGUAAAAAUGGAAUUAAUAAAAUUUAAUCUGUAUUUGAUAUAAUUCUGUUUCUUUUCUAUAAUAAUACCACUGCAUAAGUCUGUAAAACAUGAACCAUUAAGUAAAUGGAUAUCUAUUCCAAACAAAUCCAGUUUUAACCUUGAUAAUUGUCUUAUAUGUGUUUAUGGUGUAAAUAGUUCCGCAAACCAUUCCAGUGUAUUGGUGAUAUGAUAUAUAAGUGUUGGCCCCAGUGUUGACAUUGUGGUCAUUCUAUCAUUUAAUGAUGUUAGUCAAAUCCUUAGAUUUUGUAAACCUUAAAUUUUUAUAUUAAAACCUUUAAGUACAAAAAUCAAAGUCUUUAUUUUAUGUGAUAUCUGAAAACAUGCCAUGAUACAUGUGUGUAAAUUGUGUUUAUUUAUAUUUUAUAAGAACUAACAAUAAUGGGUUGAUUUUAACCAAAAUAAUUUUACUAAAGAAACAUGUAGCUAGAUUGGCAUUAAAAUUAAAUAAAAAGUUGAACUAGUUAUUUCAUACUGUACAAAAAAAAUUACUUAAAAACAAGAAAUUGUUAAGACAAAUUGGACUGCAAUAUAAACAUGUUUUACAUUUUUUAAACAGAAGAAAAAAAAUUGGAUCAAUCUUUAUGUAAUGCUAUUACUAGCCAAAACCUGCAGUAUGAAGAUAACUUUUGACAAACAUUCACCACAAUACUCAAUUGAUGACAUACAAGUUUACUGGGUAAAGUAUGGUAAUUAAAUUGCCAUCUCAUUUGUGAAUGUUAUUUCUUGUCCAUGUCUUUGUAAAAAACGUGUGUCUUAGUUGUUUUCAGAGAAGCUGUAAGCAGUAAUGAUUUGGUGAAACCCAAGCUCUGUACCACAGAUGCAUAGUGCAAUGUAGCCUUUUCAUGGUGAAUAAACAGUGCAAAUCAAAUACUAAACUUUCUGUCACAGUGUCAGAAUUUUUGACAGGGGUAAUGAAAUGUGGAGCCAGGACGUAUUUGUGUGGAGCAAGGACAAAUGUCCAGUACCAAAUAAUACUGUGUCUCUGGUAACAACCACUGACACGGUGCAAGAAAAAAAUAACAUUGAUUGGCUUGUAACUCUCCAGAUAAAAUGAAAAAAAGAAAAGUUUGUAUUGUGUUUUGCUGUACAUUAUGUAUUAAUGGACAUGUUAUGCAUGGUAUGUUCAGAGAAUUCCUCUUAAAUUAUUGUACAAUAUUCUUUAAACCUUGCUUUAUUAUAUAUAUAUGUUUGAAGAGUGUGAAUUAAUACACCGUAAAAUUGGAAUAAUUUUUGUUUACACUUAAUGAUUUGGAAUAUGGUUCUGUGUAUAAGUUAGAAUAUAGCAUUCAGCAUGAAGUUGAAAGUUAAUGAUUUGGAAUAUUGAACAGUUAGAAUUGAUUGUUGCUCUAUAUUUUGUUAAUGCAGAUAUCGUAUCAUUUUUGUGAAAAUACUAUUAUGUAAACAAGAAAUGUAUCUUUCUAUUGUUUUAUAUAUAUAUAUAUUAUAUUUAUUAAUUGCCUUAUAUCUGUAAAUAUCACAUGUUCUAAGCUACUUAAAACGAUAGAGGAGAACGUUAAUAUAUUGCGAAUAUUAAAAUGUAUUUUGUUGAAAACAGUCAUGAAAUAAAUAAUAGUAAUUAAUUUGACUCAUUGUUUACUUCUUAUAUGUAAUAUAUCAAUAUUUCUCUGUUCUUUUCCUUUCAAACUAAGAGCCCAUAUGUGAAUUCCUUUAAUAUGGAAAUCCCUCAUGAUAACAGGUUAUAUGCUUUAACCAUUCAUAUUUUAAAGUCAUUUGCAAAAAAUAUUGUUGUUUUUUAAAUCCUUGAAUGUUGCUUUAUGUCCAUGAUGGUUAAUUAUGUUUAUUAUAAAUGCAUAAAAGAAGUCAUAUUGGUACCUUAUUUUUAUGUGAACAUAUCUCGUCUAUGUAACAGUAUGUUUGUGCUGUUUAGUUAUUUAUAUUUCUGUUCAGUCCGUGAUCAGUGAUUUAGUGACUUUUUAAAUACCCUUCUGUUCACCUAAGCUUUAAUUGAUCACUCAAUCAUUACUCAGUAACAGUGUUAAUCUUUAAUAUUUUGAGCCCUUAACUCUCGUUAUUAAGUGUUAUAAUCACAGUUACAGGACUUCUUUUACAACGUAUACUGUAAACAAUAUUUUGUCAAGUCAUAGCAGAUUUGUUAUAAACAAAUGCAUUUGUUGGGUUUAUACAUUUUCUGUUGAAUGUUGUUUUUGUGAUCCGUUAUGUGGCUUAUACCAUUACCUUAUUUUGUAUGUUACGUGUAUCAAAUAAAACACUUAAACAGGU